GAAAACCCUACUGCUAUUUUGCUCCGGUUUCCAGAAAGUUCACUGAAACCUUUUCGAAGUUUUCGGAUCUCAGAUCGGAGCUAUGGCCGAGCACGGUGAGAGCGCCGACGCCAAGGCUGAGCAGUCGCUGAUGGAGAAGAUCAGCGAGAAGAUCCAUCACGAGUCGUCGAGUUCGUCUUCAUCGGACUCCGAGACGGAGAAGGUCACUCCGGCGGAGGAGGAGACGGUCAAGGAGAAGGUCUUCCGCCUCUUCGGAAGAGAGCGCCCUGUUCACCAUGUCUUAGGCGGUGGAAAGCCUGCUGAUGUGUUCUUGUGGAGGAACAAGAAGGUUUCGGCCGGGGUUCUCGGAGGAGCUACUGCCAUUUGGGUUCUGUUUGAGUUGGUUGAGUACCAUUUGCUUGCGCUUAUCUGCCACAUUUUGAUUGGUGUUCUAGCAGUCUUGUUCCUGUGGUCCAAUGCCCAUACUAUUAUCUACAAGAGUCCACCAAGCAUGCCAGAAGUUAAACUUCCUGAGGAGCCAUUCCUGCAGGUUGCUUCUGACCUGAGGCAUCAGCUCAACUGGGCAUUUGCACUCAUUCAUAAUAUUGCAUCUGGAAAGGAGUUGAAGAAAUUCCUGAUGGUUAUUGCUGGCUUGUGGGUUCUUUCCAUUAUUGGGAGUUGGUGCAAUUUCUUGACCUUGUUUUACAUAACUUUUGUUCUGCUGCACACCGUGCCUGUUCUGUAUGAGAAGUAUGAACACAAGGUUGACCCACUUGCAGAGAAGGCAACAAUUGAGAUGAAAAAGCAGUAUGGAGUGUUUGAUGCCAAGGUGUUGACAAAGGUUCGCGAAACUGUGCUGAAAAACAAGAGGUCGUAGAAAGUGUGUUCUGUUGUGCCCUAAAAGCUCUAGGUUUAGUAGUUGAGCUUCCCAUUACGCUCCAAGCGUUUGGCUUUGUUGGUUGACUAUAUUUCUGGUUUAGUUUUGAAACUUAGGCUUUAUGUCUACAUUAUCGUGGGAAGCUUUUCAAACAUCACCUUAGCAAUACGUUUAUUCUGACAACUUUGUCUUUCAACCGUGCCUUGUACAUGAGUUGUCUUGGUGCUCCAACUAUGGUGUAUGUUACUUUCAUCAGUUUCAUGCUUGUUAUACUUUGAUUGUGAGCAUGAUGUUUUGGUGCUUCUAUGAAAUUUCUACAUUUUAGUCACUGAAAGUCUGAUACAGAGUAAUAAUAAUACAUGACAUGUUAUGCCCCA